CGUUGUAUAACGCCCGCCGCCACGUGGGGGAGGCUCCGGGGGUCCCCGCCGGUGCUGGCAGCCGUCGGGCCGGGGUCCCGGGGCUGUCCCGAGCCGAGGAUGCCGCGGGGCAGCGGGAAGAGGAAAGCCUCCGGGGGUGGGGAGGCUGCGAAGAGGAGGGAGGAGGAGGAGGAAGAGGAAGAGGCCGCGGGGAGGCUGGAGGCAGCGCUGCGGGAGGCCCGGCGGGCGGCGGCUCCGUCGGUGCGGGAGUUCAGGUACAACAAGAAGCGGGUCCGGCUCGUCUCCCGGGGCCCCGAGCUGAGGGAGGACGCCAAAUGCAUCCUCUACUGGAUGUCCCGGGACCAGAGGGUGCAAGAUAACUGGGCUUUCCUCUACGCCCAGCGCCUGGCCCUCAAACAGGAGCUGCCUCUGCGCGUCUGCUUCUGCCUGGUGCCCAAAUUCCUCGGUGCCACCAUCCGCCACUACGGCUUCAUGCUGAGGGGGCUGCAGGAGGUCAGCAAGGAGUGCACGGAGCUGAACGUCCCCUUCCACUUGCUGCUGGGCUACGCCAAGGACGUGCUGCCCCCCUUCGUGGUGCAGCAAGGCGUGGGAGGGCUGGUGACAGACUUCUGUCCCCUGCGUGUCCCCAGGCAGUGGGUGGAGGAUGUCAGGGAGCGGUUGCCCGAGGACGUGCCCUUUGUGCAGGUGGACGCCCACAACAUCGUGCCCUGCUGGGUCACCUCCCCGAAGCAGGAGUACAGCGCCAGGACCAUCCGGGGCAAGAUCCACAGCCAGCUCCCGGAGUUCCUCACCGAGUUCCCUCCUGUCAUUCGGCACCCGCAUCCCCCGUCCUGCCCCACAGAGCCCAUCGCGUGGGAUGCCUGCUACUCCAGCCUGCAGGUGGACCGCUCGGUGGCAGAGGUGGAGUGGGCGACCCCCGGCACCUCCGCGGGGCUGGCCGUGCUGCAGUCCUUCAUCGCCGAGCGGCUCAAGUCCUUCGGCUCGCAGCGGAACGACCCCAACAAGGCUGCUCUCAGCAACCUCUCUCCCUGGUUCCACUUCGGCCAGGUGUCCACCCAGCGAGCCAUCCUGGAGGUGCAGAAACACCGGCGCGCACACAAGGAGUCAGUGGACGCAUUCGUGGAGGAGGCCGUGGUGCGGCGGGAGCUGGCUGAUAACUUCUGCUACUACAACGAGAACUACGACAGCCUGCAAGGUGCCUACGACUGGGCGCAGACCACCCUGAAGCUCCACGCCAAAGACAAGAGGCCUUUCCUCUACGAGCUGCAGCAACUGGAGCAGGCCACCACGCACGACCCGCUCUGGAACGCUGCCCAGCUGCAGAUGGUUCGGGAGGGCAAGAUGCACGGCUUCCUGCGGAUGUACUGGGCCAAGAAGAUCCUGGAGUGGACCCGCUCCCCCGAGGAGGCCCUGCGCUUUGCCAUCUACCUCAACGACCGCUACGAGCUGGAUGGGAGAGACCCCAACGGCUACGUAGGCUGCCUCUGGUCCAUCUGCGGCAUACACGACCAGGGCUGGAAGGAGCGGGACGUCUUCGGGAAGAUCCGCUACAUGAACUACUCCGGCUGCAAGCGCAAGUUCGAUGUGGACCAGUUCGAGCGCCGCUACGCCCGCUGAGAGCUCUCCCAGUGACUGGCGCAGUGGUGCCCGGGAUGCAAGGGGUGAGAUGGGGCGCGCUCCUCCCUGCGCAGGGUGGAUGUGCCUUUGCUGUGGUGCUGGCUCACAUCUAACCCAGGAUAGCCCUGGGUGCAGCUGGAGGGCUCCUACCAGUGGCAAGCCCCAGGGUUUUGCAGGUUUCUGCUUUCUCUCACCCCCAGCUAGAGCUGGGGCAGCUGUGUGGGGCUUGCCACAGGCAGCAAGGUGCAAUCCUCAGCCAGAAAGCUUUUUCUACAACCACUGUGCUCAGGAUAAGCUGGAGUCUGUGCAGCUGCUACCCACAGCUUAGCUUUUUUUUUUUUUCUGGGGAAAGGUCCCCAGAACCAGGCUCCUCAUGCCAUGCCUCCUGCAGAGCAACUUGGUGCAAAGCCAGCGUGGUGCUGGGCUUGCCCAAGCACCCUCGAACAGUUAGCCCCCAGCCUUUUGGUGUAAGGUCUAGUUUGUAUCCCCAGUGUUUGUGGGUCAAUGCAUGAGCCCUGCUGCUGGCAGGGGGCUCAGCCUCAGGAAAGAACAGCUCAGAACACAACCACAGUUAGUUUAACUUAGUUUAUUAGGGACGGCGUUUCACUGCUCUGCUGUGCAAUAGUCCCGUGGGGAGGGCUCCAGUUAAAUGCCAGGGCAGCCCCUGGCUCUCCCUUCAGACAUCGCAGCAGUGUUAGUGUUGUGCGUCACCUUGCCCAGAGACCUCCCCCGGGUUUUGGGUUCCCAUUGCAUCCAGGGGGGGGGGGGGGUGAAACACAAACCAAAAUCCAUUCGCUUGUCUCUAAAGAUACUCAGUGCUUCUAGAACUGGACGUGGGCAGUCACUCAGCCAGUGGCCCACGACAUUAAAGUGCUUCAAACAAAACAGUGUGGGUGAAGGUGUGCUGCUCUGAGCCAGCUCCUAGGAGGGGGGAGACCAGCUCCAGACCUGCCGCGCCGGAUGGCAGCAUGGGGACAAGAGGGAAGGAUCGUGGCAAUGCUCUCUGCUUGCAAGGUGGCCCAGCUGCUGGCAGCUUCAAGGCUUGUAGAGCUCGUGCCAGCUGUGGAACAAGCAGGAGAGCAGCUGCUCCCCUGGGGAAAAUGAGGAUAAAGACAGGAGGAGGCAAAAACCCAAGGGAGAAGGAGGGGAACUACCUGUCCCAGGCCAGGACUGCUAGAGCUGGUAAGUAGCCAGCCCUGGUUUUGUUAGGGCACCGGCAUGGAAGACAUGUCCCCAGCAGUGAGGCUUGGAGCCACCCUGCAGCCACCUCUCCUGGUCCCAGCCUCUCCCCUCUGAGCCUGCCGUCAGGGGCAGCCCACGAGCAGUGACAUCCCAGUCUCAAGGCAGGCUGAAAGCUGGUGUCCCCUGUCCCUCAACACCCUUCAUCCUUCCCACCACCUGACUGCCAGGCUGGGUGGGCUCCGGCCCCCCCAGUGCUACCUUGGUGCUGGACACUGCCCGUACUGUGGGACAAAGCAUCCCCUGGAUGCAGCGGCACCCUGCAGCACCCCCAGUGCCAAUCCCUCUCCCAAAAAGUGCACCCCCGCUUGAGAGCAACCUGUCCAGCUUCUCCCUGGAGGCUCUGCCUGGCUCAGUGACCCCUCUCCCAAGGGGAGCAGGGCUGAUGGGAGAGGGGGCACCUGGCAGCUGCCAGCCCCGGUCAGGGGUGAGGUACCAGGAGCAGGGAAGCUCUGGAGGUCUUAUAUGCCCCCACGUAGGAGCAUUUCCAGCAGCACCUUCUUGAGGGGUGGGGAGCAAACAGUU